GCAUGAGAUGCGCUGAUUCGUUCGUUCCUCACAUACGCCGCUGACUUUGCUUGGUGUGUUUCCCGGCGGAGAGUUCCGGUGUCUGGUUAGGUCGAAGACCAAGGUGUGUAUGCUGCCGCUUGUGCUUGACGCUCGUCCUGACAUCAUGUUGCUGGAUAACGUUGCCCUCGUAGCGGCCGUCAUUGGAACAGUGCUAACUCAAGGACACGCCUCUGACAACAUCGCCUUGGGUAAAGCAACAACCCAGAGUUCAACAUGGCGGAACUUUGUCCCUGGGCUUGGCGUUGACGGCAACACUGGGCAGCAUCUGUUCCGUGACAAUUGCACUCAUACGCUGGACACGGGCGAGUUCCAGCCGUGGUGGCGGGUGGACCUCGGGGCGGACUAUGCGGUGGACAGUGUGAGGAUCACCAACAGGGUGGACUGUUGCGCUCAAAGAUUGGCCAAUUUCAAUGUGAGCGUUGGGCAAAAUGCCGGCAGCCUCGUGCACUACCAACUGUGUUAUUUCCACAACGGGCACUACGGCACAACGACAAAGUCCAUCGUCUGUGACUCCAGGCCUGUAGGACGCUAUCUGAAGAUUCAGCUGACUGAGUUUGAACGCCUCACACUGUGCGAGGUGGCCGUGUAUGGAGCUCUUGCUUCGUACGCCAAUUCUCCGUCAUCAGAACCGUUAUCAUCGACACUUUCAAGCUCCCUACUAAUGUCAUCGUACACAACAUCACCGACGACAUAUGAUCAAGCGGUCAGGUCACACGUGUCUUCAGCAACUUCGGAGAUAUUACAGACGGAUCCCCUGGCUGACACUGACGUCCCCACGACAGAUUUGUACAUCGAUUCUCCAACAUCAACGUUUUCAAGCGCCCCCCUAACGUCAUCUUACUCGACAUCAACGACGACACACGAUCAAGCGGUCAGUUCACACGUGUCUUCAGCGACUUCGGAGAUAUUGCAGACGGACCCCCUGGCUGACACUGAGGUCCCCACGACAGGUAUAAAAACAUCCUUCCUACACCACGACAGUCCCUCUAUCACAGACACGCUGGAUGACACAGAAACCAGUAUACAACCGAGUUUCGCUUCAACCCAUUAUACCACUAGUCCAAUAACUCCGCAGUUACUGGACAUGAUGUCACAGGCACGUGACGACACUACAAACAUAGAGUUGUCUACCUUUGAGAACAGCCAUUUUCAAACCGGUCACCCAACGGCUUCUGUGACUGCAUCUACGCCUGGUUCGUCGGUCGUUGCAGAAAGAUUUUGUCUAUGCCGAUGCAAGAUAUUGUUCCCACACACUAGUGCAUUAUUAGAAGAACUGGAUGUCGAGAUUAAGAAGAGGCUUCUCCUUUCAGCCACAAAUACUUCAAGUUACAUUCGAAGUAAACGAAGCGCAAAAAAUGUAAAACCUAGCGAACAAUAUAUUGGCCUCUUUGGCAUGUUUUUAAUUUCAUUUGUCUCUGCUUUAGUUGUACUGCCUGAUGUAGUAGGCCUGUUUCGAUUUUUGUGUGGGCGCCAAGGAAGAAACUGAUCACGUGGGUACCGUUAUACAAAGCGAUCUUAGCGCUAAGGCGAUCGUAACUCCCAUACCUUAACAUAGACUUACGUCAGUCGUAGCGCUAAGGCGAUCGUAACUCCCAUACCUUAACAUAGA